CAACGUUUGUGCGAUCCACCGACCCUCGCUGCCUCCACAGUGCUGGAGUACAGGCCACCACGUGCACGACAGCCCCCACGGCCCGGCAUCUGUGAUGACACGAUCAAUGGCACUCAACGGCAUGAACGCAGCGCGUGCGGAAUGCAGCAACGGACGGCACCAGGCUAAAGCACUCACAAGAUGAGUUUGAAUGGAUCGUCCGGCCAUUGAGACGAUGAAAUCAAAUUGGCUUCGGUAAAAAAAAAGAGAGAAAUACGAACCGCACAUCAGAGCGAGGAGUCCGGGAGGGCAGAGGAAGAGCGAAGCAGUGGACGCAUCGCAGUGCACAUUUCGCUGCAAUCUCCACUCGAGGCUGCGACCUCCGGCGACCUCCGUGCCAGGAUGGCCUUCGAGUGCGUCCGCGGGCGACGCGCUCGCGGGGUGCUCACGGCCGUGGCCCACGGCCUCACCUCGGCGUCGCUCAACCUCCUGCUCAAGGUGCUGCUGUCGAGCCUGCACUUCCCGUACCUCACCCUGCUGCAGCUGUCCAGCUCCGUCCUCUCCGCCGUGACGCUCGAGUCGUUGCGCCGCUGCGGCCUGGCGACGCUGCCGCCGUUCAGCUCGGAGGCGGCGCGCGUCUUCGCGCCCGUGACGCUUCUCUCCGUGCUGCACUCCACGCUGACGCUGCUGUCGCUGCGCGGCCUCUCGCUGCCCACGUACGUCGUCUUCAAGCGCUGCCUGCCGCUCGUCACGCUGGCGCUGGGCGCGGCGCUGCUGCGCGGCGGGCGUCCCACGCUGGGCAUCAUCGCGUCGGUCGUCGUCACGACGGCGGGCGCCGUGCUCGCAGGCAUCGGGGACGUGACGAGCGACCCCGUGGCCUACGCGACGGGCGUGCUCGCGGUGCUCGUCCACGGCAUCUUCCUGGUGCUCAUCCAGCGCACGUGCACCGACAACUCGGGCGGCCCGCUCGCCGCCCAGUACGCCAUAUCCAUCAGCGCCUCGCCCCUCUUGCUGGCCUACUCGCUGGCCAGCCAGGAAGCCAUCCACGUGUGGGCCUUCCCCGGGUGGCACGACGGCGCCGUCGCGGUGGCCUUCCUCGGCAGCGCGGUCCUGGCCGCCCUUCUCGGCCUCACCACCGUGGCCUGCACGGCGUUCAACUCGGCCGUCACCACGAGCUUCGUCGGGGUGGUCAAGAGCGUGCUCACCAUCUCGGUGGGGAUGCUGGUGCUGCGCGACCCGGCCGCCGAGCCGCCGUCGGUGCUCUUCCUCUCGGGGUUGGCGCUCAACACGGUCGGCUCGAUCUUCUACUGCGUCGCCAAGUACUGGGAGACACGCGAGCGCAGGGACUACGACGAGCUGGAGGAGGCGCCGCUGUCGAUGGCGCUCUCGCCGCAGGGAGGGGGAGGAGGAGGAGGGCAAGAGGAGGACGGGAGCGGUGGCAGUGGCGGCAGUGGCAAACAUGUUACCGAGGGACAGGCCGGGGUGGCCAUGGAGUGGCCGAGUGGUGACAAAGUGGACAACGGCGGCGGUGGAGGUGGUGGUGGUGGAGGUGGUGGUGGUGGUGGAGGUGGCGGUGAAAGCGCCAGAGGUGGCGUUGCUGAUGACAGCGGCGGCGGUGGUGGUGGUGCCGCCGCUAAAGAUGAUGGCGCCGAGCAGAACAUGAGCAGAUUCCUCGCCGUGUGGAGGGUGCUGAAAGAAAAACGAUUUCAAAAUCACGAACCUUUAAAAUGAGCCCUACAAUAUUAGUUCAGCCCUUUCCACGUGGAUAUUUAAAGCAUCGCAAGGGAGGGGGGGGGGGUCGUUUGACCAUCGUGGGGUCGUGACCAUCGCCGACCUUGUGGCGUUAUAAAGAUACCUUGAUGAUUUUGAUGCCUUUUUAAAAAAGCAAUUGAGCUCAGGUUGUGAUAUUGUGCCAACGAGUGGUUGUGGUUGUUGUUGUAGCUCAAAAACGAAUGGCUACACGUGUUCAGGGCCCACCUAGCUUGCAGUGCGAGCAUGCGCACAGUGCCCACCGACCCUCCAGAAGGUGACGCAAGCAUGGACGAUAACCGUACGGCCGUUUUGCACGAUUUUUUGCUGUCGUCUUUUCCCCAGCGCCUCCUCUCGUUCGAAGCGAAACCACCGCUCGCUCCCUUACGCCGCACACGAUCACGGUGCGUCGCGAGCGGCUUGCCGCAAACCUCCGCCCGCGACGAAGGAAUUCGAGAACAGACACCUCCAGCCGUCAGCGUAGCGGCGUGGUGAACCCCACCGGGAAGCUGAUGCUACGCACGCCAGUGACCUUCGCCGGUUAAUAAAUAAAAUGUCACGGAAGAUAAAACUUAACCGGCUUCUACUUAUUCUCAAGUGCGUGCAUUCCUUUGGUUGCUCGCUAAGUCUUGCCUACGGUGUUGCCUCUGUGCGUCUGCCGCCGAAUGAAUUGACUCUGCGGGGUCACUCGGAUCGCCAGCGGCUGCCCUUUGCUGUCGGUGGUCCUUUUAAGAAUUCCGAAUGCUCGCUGACGCGCGGCAUUUCACUUGUGACAGUGGUGCUGAGUCUAUGCAUGUCAGAGAUGUGAUAUCCUGCCUGCCGAGGAUUUUAAAGCUGCCUUUUUGACCUUGAACUAUUUUGAAUGAUCUAAAAUGCAUGUUAAUGCGAUACAUUUGAGUGCUUUGGUAUUCUGUGAAACAGAUUUGUUGUAUUGUAACUUUGAAUGCGUUCGAUUAUUCCCAGGACAAUUAUAAGGGCGUUCCAAAUCAGAUUGGUUAAAGCAAUUAUGUUGGAUAAUUCGGUCCACACGUUCAUCUGACAUUCUACUGCAAUUUACGCAUUAUCCUUGCAUGGGGUCCUUUUCUGGGUGAGGUUUUUAGUUUGUUCUUGCCAAUUAAAAUCCCAUUGAGGAAUGGGUGUCUUGCCUAGAAAUAGGCGGCAUUUUCCACUUGAAACUCUCGCUGGAAGCAGCGUCACAACAUUACCAACCCUCGGUCAGCUAACGCUCUGUGCGAUCAGAAUCAGAAUAUUGAUUUAUACCGGUAAAAUCCGGUGAGCUAUAAAGCUCUUUUUCACAGAUGUCCAGUAGAGGAUGACGUUACAGAAAACAAUUAAUCUUUGAGGUUCCUUCAAUUGCCAUUGAUCCACAUGAGGCCUUGCUGCAUCUUUUCGCAUGCCCUCUUAUGGUGGAUUGUUCAUUUGGCUGGCAAUUGCACUGUAUAUCUUACAGUCCUCGAAUGAGAUUAAAAGCCAAAUUGAAUGAGAACGGUUUUAUUUUUCCGCAUCAUUGGUGACCAAGCGGAAACCAUCUACUCCCAUCACUAAACUGAGAAUCCAGUUCAGUGAUGAUAAUAAUCACCAUGAUGAUAAGAAUACGAAUUUCAAAUGUGCACAGCAUUCACUUACUCUCGUAUAGAGAGACCGACUCAGGGGCGUGGGAUUAGCUACCGGCAAACAGGAAGGCAGCCGUGCAAUGAGCCGGCGCCAAGGAUUGCCCACGGUCUGCGGUCCUCUACAUAUAAAGGUGUUAUCGGCCAAUUAGUGAGUGUUUACAGGUGGGGUGAAACCGGAGCACCUGGAGAAAACCGAAGGGUACGAGGGGUACACACUGUAUCCCAUAGAGACGUUCUGUCCACAUUUCGACCGUACUACCGUCUCCUGGCAAGCCGGGGUAUGGCACCCCCUCGAUGGCCACGGGAAGGGAGUUUCGCAACAAUUGUGUGAACCACCAACCCUCGCCUCCACAGUGCUGGCUUACAGGCGUGCAUAGCCACCACCGUCUGGAUAAUCACUGGCGGAUGCAUGGAUUUUAACCGAGAAUCUCAGCAUUGCUGCUUCAGUACUCUGACAUCUGACCCACCGGUCCAUCUCAUCUCAUUUUCAAAGAACUCUUCUCCACCGCAAAGAAAUGUCUGAGUUGGAUUGUUUUCGUUUUCUAAAUAAAGUGUUGCCUGGAUUCUAAAUA